UCUUAUUACUUUUUUUUUUAACUAACGGAUUAUUAUUGUUGUUGUUUUAAAUUUAGCUCUUAGGGCUUAGCUGUUUGGGUGUUUCUUUGGGUGCCCGGCCCCUGUCUCCCCGGCUUCCCUGGCGUGUGCGGAGCCCCGGCCCCCGCCCGCCUCGCCGCUCCAGCGCCCCUCGCUCGCCUCCAGCCCGCGGGGAACGAGGGCGCCGCGCCGCCUUUAAAGUGAGGCCAGGGGCCGAGGCUGUGAUCAGCCGGGAUCCGGCCCUCGCCUCCUCCUUCGGUGGCGCUACGGCUCCCUGGCCUCUCUUCGGUUCCGACGGAGAAGAGUAAGCGGGUCGUCCUGGGCUGGGCUGCCUCCUCCUCCUGGACUUAGCGCGCCCCUCCCCGCGCACCCACCCACCCACCCGGCCCGGCCAGGCCGCGGCGGCCGCUGGGCGCACCCCGCCAGGAUGUUCGCCGCUGGGCUGGCUCCCUUCUACGCGUCCAACUUCAGCCUCUGGUCGGCCGCCUACUGCUCGUCCGCCGGCCCGGGCGGCUGUUCCUUCCCCCUGGACCCCGCCGCCGUCAAGAAACCCUCCUUUUGCAUCGCGGACAUCCUGCACGCCGGCGUAGGGGAGCCAGGGGCGGCCCCGGAGGGUCUGGCGGGGGCCUCGGCCGCCGCGCUCACCGCUCACUUGGGUUCGGCUCACCCGCACGCCUCUUUCCAAGCUGCCGCCAGAUCUCCGCUUCGACCCACCCCAGUGGUGGCGCCCUCCGAAGUACCAGCUGGCUUCCCGCAGCGGCUGUCUCCGCUCUCAGCCGCCUACCACCACCAUCACCCACAGCAACAACAGCAGCAGCAACAACCGCAGCAGCAACAGCCUCCGCCUCCACCCAGGCCUGGGGCCUUGCAGCCCCCGGCCUCCGGGGCACGGGUGGUCCCGAAUCCCCACCAUAACGGCUCCGCCCCGGCCCCCUCCAGCAAGGACCUCAAAUUUGGAAUUGACCGCAUUUUGUCUGCAGAAUUUGACCCAAAAGUCAAGGAAGGCAACACUCUGAGAGAUCUCACGUCGCUGCUAACCGGCGGGCGGCCUGCAGGGGUGCACCUCCCCGGCCUCCAGCCCUCCACCGGCCAGUUCUUCGCAUCUCUAGAUCCCAUUAAUGAGGCUUCUGCCAUCCUGAGUCCCUUAAGCUCGAACCCGAGAAAUUCAGUUCAGCAUCAGUUUCAAGAUACAUUUCCAGGUCCCUAUGCUGUGCUCACGAAGGACACCAUGCCACAGACGUACAAGAGGAAGCGCUCGUGGUCUCGGGCGGUCUUUUCCAACCUGCAGAGGAAAGGCCUGGAGAAGAGGUUUGAGAUUCAGAAGUAUGUGACCAAGCCAGACCGAAAGCAGCUGGCAGCAAUGCUGGGUCUCACCGAUGCACAGGUGAAGGUGUGGUUCCAGAACCGGCGGAUGAAGUGGCGGCACUCCAAGGAGGCCCAGGCUCAGAAGGACAAAGACAAGGAGGCGGGUGAGAAGCCGUCGGGCGGAGCCCCGGCUGCUGACGGCGAGCAGGAGGAGCAGAGCCCCAGCCGCUCGGAGGGCGAGGCCGAGAGCGAGAGCAGCGACUCCGAGUCUCUGGACAUGGCCCCCAGCGACACAGAGCGGACUGAAGGGGCCGAGCGGUCUCUGCACCAAACAACGGUCAUCAAGGCCUCGGCCCCGGGCGCCCUGCUGGCCGCCAGCAGCGGUGGGAGUGGGGGGAGCAGCGGCAGCGGCAGUUUUAGCUUCAACGGCCUCAGUAGCAGCAGCACCAGCGCCGGAAGCGCCGGCAGCCACGGCAGCGUCGGUAGCGCGUCAGAGCUGCACCCCGCGCCCCAGCCCGCCCUCGGCAGCGCCCCCAAAAGCCCCGAGCCCGCCCAGGCAUCGCUCGGCGGUCUAUAGACUGAACAAGGUCGGAGGCGAUGCGGGGCCGUGCGUGCAGUCUCCCAGCUUCCCGUGUGGGCUGGAUUUUGUGCCCACUUUACGGUGGCAGAGGAGCCAGGACCGGAGACGCAGCAGCAUAGCUUCGAUCCCUACGGUCCCACCUCGCCCCUCGCUGCCCUGGCCGGCGCAGUCCACACCACAUGGAGCCCGGGGGAGUCUGAGUGCCCCUGGCCUUCGGCUCCCAGCGCCAGCCGAACACUCUUGCCCGGAUACAAGCAGCUCACACUGCGAAGUGCUGGGCUAAACAGUCCUCCCCACACUGGGGGUCAUGGCGCAAAGACACGAUGCACUUAGGUCGCCACAAACUUGUAAAUAAAAUGUUUACUACAGUUUGUAAA